UCUAGAAAAACCGCUCUUCUUGUUUUAGUUCUUGUUGGUACCUGUAUGGUCAUCGGCGACGGAAUCCUUACUCCCGCCAUUUCGGUUCUCUCAGCUGCUGGUGGGCUAAGAGUAAACCUUCCUCACAUAAGCAAUGGUGUGGUUGUUUUUGUUGCUGUUGUGAUACUAGUCAGCUUGUUUAGUGUACAGCAUUAUGGAACAGACCGUGUUGGUUGGCUUUUUGCGCCUAUUGUUUUCCUCUGGUUCCUCUCUAUUGCAAGUAUCGGUAUCUACAAUAUCUGGAAACACGACACUAGCGUCUUGAAAGCUUUCUCCCCUGUUUAUAUAUACCGAUAUUUUAAAAGAGGAGGUCGGGAUCGCUGGACCUCUCUUGGAGGCAUUAUGCUUAGUAUAACAGGAAUCGAAGCACUCUUCGCUGAUCUAUCGCAUUUUCCGGUCUCAGCUGUGCAAAUAGCUUUUACUGUAAUCGUGUUUCCUUGCCUUCUUUUGGCUUAUAGUGGACAAGCUGCCUACAUUAGGAGGCAUCCUGAUCAUGUGGCUGAUGCGUUUUACCGUUCCAUUCCAGGAAGUGUAUAUUGGCCAAUGUUCAUUAUUGCAACGGCUGCAGCUAUUGUGGCGAGCCAAGCAACGAUAUCAGCGACGUUUUCCUUAGUCAAGCAAGCUCUAGCCCACGGGUGUUUUCCAAGAGUGAAAGUGGUGCAUACUUCUCGCAAGUUCCUCGGUCAGAUUUACGUUCCUGACAUCAACUGGAUCCUAAUGAUCCUUUGCAUUGCUGUCACUGCUGGAUUCAAGAACCAGAGUCAGAUAGGAAACGCUUACGGGACCGCAGUUGUGAUUGUCAUGCUCGUGACAACACUUCUUAUGACGCUUAUCAUGAUCCUCGUGUGGCGUUGCCAUUGGGUUCUAGUUCUCAUAUUCACUAUCCUCUCACUUGUCGUGGAAUGCACUUACUUCUCGGCCAUGCUUUUCAAGAUUGACCAAGGUGGUUGGGUUCCGCUUGUGAUAGCUGCAGCUUUUCUCCUCAUCAUGUCGGUAUGGCACUACGGGACUUUGAAGAGAUAUGAGUUUGAAAUGCACAGUAAAGUCUCAAUGGCUUGGAUC